CAGCCAGCAGCGCCUCCCAGGGAAGGCUGGGCGCGGCGCGGUCUGCUCUGCCAGGCUCCAGCCCACAGCCCAGGUCUCUCCUCUUUCUGGAAACCGUCCCUGUAGGGACCCGCAGAGCUGCGGAGCCGCGGCUGGCGCAGGCCACCGUCUCCACCCGAUCCAUUCAUUGGAAACCGCUCUCUUCUCCGAGUCCGAGUUCCUUGCGUGCUGCUGUUUUGGAGCGGCGGGCAGCGACAUGGAGAAGAGCGACGAGACCAACGGCUACCUCGACGGCACCCAGGCAGAAGCUGCAGCCGGGCCCCGCACGCGGAAGACGGCGGCGGGCAAAACGCAGCGCUGCGCCAGCUUUUUCCGUCGCCACGCGCUGGUGCUGUUCACCGUGUCGGGGGUGUUGGUGGGCGCUGGAAUGGGCGCGGCGCUGCGCGGGCUGCAGCUCACCCGCACUCAGGUCCUCUACCUGGCCUUCCCCGGCGAGAUGCUGCUCCGCAUGCUGCGCAUGAUCAUCUUGCCGCUGGUGGUGUGCAGCCUGGUUUCCGGCGCCGCCUCCCUGGACGCUAGCUCCCUCGGGCGCCUGGGCGGCAUCGCGGUCGCUUACUUCGGCCUCACCACGCUGAGCGCCUCUGCGCUCGCCGUAGCUCUGGCGUUCAUCAUCAAGCCAGGGGCGGGCGCGCAGACCCUCCAGUCCAGCAGCCUGGUGCUGGAAGACUCUCCUCCGGCCUCCAAAGAGACGGUGGACUCCUUCCUCGAUUUACUUAGAAACCUGUUUCCUUCCAAUCUCGUGGUUGCAACAUUCAAUUCGUCUGCAACCGGUUAUACCUACCUGCCCCAUAACACCAGCUCGGGGAACGUGACCUACGAGAAGAUCCCCAUUGUCGCCAACAUUGAAGGAAUGAACAUUUUAGGACUGGUCCUUUUCUCCCUGGUGUUAGGAGUGGCUCUAAAGAAGCUAGGCCAUGAAGGAGAAGAGCUCAUCCGGUUCUUCAGUUCCUUCAAUGAGGCCACGAUGGUGCUGGUGUCAUGGAUUAUGUGGUACGUCCCUAUAGGCAUCACGUUCCUGAUCGGCAGCAAGAUUGUGGAGAUGAAGGACAUCAUCAUGCUGGUGACCAGCCUCGGGAAGUACAUCUUUGCAUCUAUCCUGGGCCACGUCAUUCACGGAGGAAUCGUUCUGCCUCUUAUCUAUUUUGCUUUUACACGGAAAAACCCGUUCAGAUUCCUCCUGGGCCUUCUCACGCCAUUUGCAACAGCUUUUGCUACCUGCUCCAGCUCAGCAACCCUUCCAUCCAUGAUGAAGUGCAUUGAAGAGAACAAUGGUGUGGACAAGAGGAUCAGCAGGUUCAUCCUCCCCAUCGGGGCCACCGUGAACAUGGAUGGAGCAGCCAUCUUCCAGUGUGUGGCAGCAGUCUUCAUCGCCCAGCUCAACAAUAAGGACCUGAACGCAGGGCAGAUCUUCACCAUUCUGGUGACUGCCACGGCAUCCAGUGUUGGAGCAGCAGGCGUGCCAGCUGGAGGGGUCCUCACCAUCGCCAUUAUCCUGGAGGCCAUUGGAUUGAGCACACAUGACCUCUCUCUGAUCCUGGCUGUCGACUGGAUCGUGGACCGGACCACCACUGUGGUGAAUGUGGAAGGGGACGCCCUGGGAGCCGGGAUCCUCAACCACCUGAAUCAGAGGGCAGCGAAGAAAGGCGAGCAGGAGCUUCAAGAAGUGAAGGUGGAAGCCAUUCCCAAUUGCAAGUCGGAGGAGGAGACGUCGCCCCUGGUGACACACCAGAACCCAGCAGGCCCUGUGGCGGUUGCACCAGAACUCGAAUCCAAGGAGUCAGUGCUCUGAUGGGUCUGGGUCUCAGGCCAGCCUGCUAGUACCAGCGACCCACCCUGGUAGCCUGCCCCAUUGACAUGGGCAUGGCCCUCACAGACUUUUCCCCAAGCAAUGUCUAAUCACCAAUUUGAGGGUGACCUCUCAGCGGAAGCAUGGGGCUCCCAGGCCAGGACUGAUCACUGAGGACUGUCUGUCUUGAUCCGUGUCUCAACGGAGCUGGAUACACCUUGACUCUAUUUGAAAACCCCCUUGAGCUGCCAGGCCUGGGGGAGCCCAGGUUCACAGAGGCCUGGGGAUAAAGGUUGGGGGGAUGCAGAUGGAUUCCUCACUGUCCCCUGGUGGCUCCACAUCUGGUGCUUUCUGGGCAAACCAGAGGGGUUGAUGGUUGUCUAGCGCAUUGUCUCAGCAGCAGCAGACACUGAAGAAAUCCCGGAGUCUUAGACAGAGCUGAGGUCUGCUGAGCUGGUGCUCGGCUUAAAGAACUGUGACCCACCUGUGUGGGUGGCCUCUAAGGGACCAGAGGUGCUGCCCAUUGUCAAGUUGUACAUACUCCAAGUGGGGGUUAGCAGAGCUGGGGUCUCAGCUUGAGUAAACCAUAAGUUCUGAGGUCAGGGGAAAGACUGGAGAGCAUGCUAAAGAGGCUGCGACAGGAUUGUUCCCAUUCUGGUCCUGAGGCACUGUCCGCUCCCGCUGAGGCUUGGCCCUCUGCCAGCAUUUUCCCUGUGUUUCCAUUUUUAUUUUGGCCACAGACCCUAGGACGACCUCCUCUGGGAGGGGAGAUGCAGCCCUCCCUAAAGUGCUGCGGAGCAGGAAAUCAUAUACCCCCCCAAGAGACCCAAGCACUGACAGAGGGGAAGCUCUUCCCAGGCCCCCCGGCUUCGGUCUCCACGGGCAACUCCUCACCUUUUUGUGUCCCGUGGUAAGCCGUAGGCCUCGCAUUAUCUGCCACUCAACUACGUCGUUGGGAGCGGUGAGGCCAAAUGUAAAUCUGUAGAAAUUACUGUUUUGCUUCUUGGAAGUCAAGUUCCAGCAUCCGUAAGUGGCCAGUUUACCUGAGAAACUGCCCCCUCCAUGGAGGCCACCUGCGGGCACGAGCAGCUCCUCUGGACUGUUCUCAGACUUCAGAACUCACAUUCUGAAGAGUCGGGAUGGCAUUCAGUGCAGCCUCUUCUGGGUGAGCUGCCGCCUACCACAUUUCUGGGUACCCGACCCUGGGUUAUGGCUCUACCCACAGUUUCUGCUAUCCCCACCCAUAAUAGAAAAUUAAGCCCCUAAGUCAUCGGCCUCAUCCGUUCUCUUGCUUUCUCUGGUGCACUUAUCACUGCACCCCACACACUUGGGGCAGGCGCCAUCUUAAAAUGGGGCCUGUGCCUGAGUGAGGGGAUGGGCAUGAUCCAUGAGAGACAGAGCACGUAGCCAGAAUGAAGGCCCAGCCCUUUAACUCACCUGAGCCACUCGACUCUCCUGUGGGGCCAGGAACGACCAGGAACUGAGUGGGGAGUGGCAGACCUUGCUGCCAACACUGCUUUUAAAGGGGAAUCAAUCACAUUGUUUAAUUACGAAUGAGCAUUUGGUAUUUUUAAAGUUUCAGUGUAUAUUUUCCUCUGGGUAUUUACAUAUACUUUAUGUAUCGUGUGUGUGUGUGUGUGUGUGUGUGUGUGUGUGUGUGUGUGUGUGUAUGGUUUUAGCCCCAAGCAAGUUUGAGUUUGGAUAAAGGGGAACUAAACUAUAAAUUAUGUCUUUUGUGUCCUAAUAUUCUCACUUCUAAAUAAUCUGUUAAAUAGGCAUUGGAACCAGACAGCAAAAGCCACUCAGGUGCCAACCUGGGCCCAGGAAAGAAUACUGCUGUGGUCUGUGUCACGCAUGGGAUCUCCCUCUUGGAGACCAAAAGGGGAGGCAGUACCAUGCCUCCCUUAGUUUUGGCUCUCAGUGGAGUUUAUGGAGUUAGGUAAUGAGGAAGAUUCUACUGCAAUGGUCUGAAAUGUUUCCUUGCUAUUUUUCUAACAUGUUCAUCUCUUGGUGUUUUGUGUAUGUGUGACAUUUGCCUUAAAACGUAGCACAGCUAUCAAAAAUGAGUAGCGUGU